AAAAACAUAACUCAAACCUCUUUAGCUCAAAAUAAUCAUCUUCAAAACUUCUCUUUUUUUCUCUCCAAAAUCAAAGGAAAAAUGAGCACAAAUAUUAAUAUUGACUCAAUUUGGGUAUUUGCCCUUUUUUCUAAAUGCAACCAUUUUUCAACCUUUUAUGUUGUUUUCUCCUUGUUUGUCAUUGCCAUAGUUUGGCUAACUAUGGCCUUAAUCCACUGGUCUUACCCAGGAGGCCCAGCUUGGGGAAAAUACAGGCUAGCCCGUUUGUUUCAUUGGGCCAAAAACCCAAUCCCUGGCCCAAGAGGCUGGCCCAUUCUAGGCAGUAUGGGCCUCAUGACGGGUUUAGCUCACCGUAAGAUAUCCGCCAUAGCUCAAACUUGUAACGCGAAACGCCUUAUGGCUUUUAGCCUCGGUGAAACGCGUGUGAUCGUUACGUGCCACCAUGAGGUGGCUAAGGAUAUACUUCAUUCAUCCAACUUUGCUGACCGACCUAUUAAAGAGUCUGCCUAUAGUUUAAUGUUUAACCGAGCCAUCGGGUUCGCCCCGUAUGGUGUGUACUGGCGGACCUUACGUAGGGUUGCAUCAACCCAUAUGUUUAGUCCUAAACAAAUUAAGGCCUCUGAGUCCCAAAGAAAUGCCAUUGCAGAAGCGAUGACAUCGUAUUUUGGGACUCAAAGUGGCCCGUUCCAACCACGUGAUGUGUUUAGACGGGCCUCGUUGAGUAACAUGAUGGGCUCAGUGUUUGGGUGGAAGUGUAGUAUAAUUGAAGGCCCAUUAAACAAAGAGAGUGAGGAGUUGAAGGAGAUGGUGGGAGAAGGGUAUGAUUUACUAGGAGUUUUAAAUUGGGGCGACCAUUUAUCUUGGUUAGCUGAUUUUGACUUUCAAAAAAUCCGGUUUAGAUGCUCCCGACUUGUCCCUAAAGUGAACCGGUUCGUUGGUCGUAUUAUUGCUGAACAUCGAGCUAACCCGGUUCCAAACAACCGGGAUUUUGUCGAUGUUUUGUUAUCCUUACCGAGCUCGGAUAAACUUUCCGAUUCGGACAUGAUCGCUGUGCUUUGGGAAAUGAUAUUUAGAGGCACCGAUACUGUUGCGGUUUUAAUCGAGUGGAUUUUAGCUAGAGUAGUCCUUCAUCCUGAUGUUCAAUCAAGGAUUCAUGAUGAGCUGGACAAUAUCGUCGGAAGGUCACGUGCGGUUUCUGAGUCUGAUAUUACAUCAUUGGUUUAUUUGACGGCUGUGAUCAAAGAAGUUCUCCGUGUCCAUCCUCCGGGCCCACUACUCUCGUGGGCCCGCUUGGCUAUUGAAGACACUACAGUUGAUGGACAUCACGUGCCUGCCGGGACCACUGCCAUGGUGGAUAUGUGGGCCAUUACACGGGACCCGGGGGUGUGGCCUGAGCCCGAGAGGUUUAACCCGGACCGGUUCUUGGGUUCGACCCCCGAGAGUGAAAUCUUGGUGCUCGGGUCUGAUUUGAGGCUCGCCCCGUUUGGGUCGGGCCGACGGGCCUGCCCCGGGAAGGCGCUCGGGCUUGCCACCGUGACCUUUUGGGUUGCAUCGCUGCUACACGAGUAUGAGUGGGUGUCAUCCGCGGUGGAUGCCACGGUGGACUUGUCAGAAGUGUUAAAUCUCUCAUGUGAGAUGGCUCAACCUCUUACGGUGGAGGUGCGACCUAGAAGGGCAUAAGUGAUGUGAAGUGAAUUCCAAAACUUGAUCUUGACCCUUUAUUACUAGAUGAUCAAUCAUAAAGCCUUGCUUUUUUUUGGUUUUUUUUUUUUUUGGUUGAUUUUAGUUUUGUUUAUGUUUUAUCUCUUUUACCCUUUCUUCCCAUCUAGAGUGAGUAAGCGGUGAAAGAUUUUACAAAAUGACGGUAGAAAGCUCUAUGUAAAUUCGUCUUUCGCCUUUAAUGCUGUUGAGUGUUUGUACAUAAACUACAAAUAUGGAGUGUAAGGUACAUAUACAAAUACAAGUAUUUAAGAAUGUUUCUA